AUGGCACCACAGUAUACACAAAAGUUCCGUGAAGAAUGGAUGAAAGAUAAAAAUUUUAAAGAAUGGAUAGUUGAACUGGAUAAUGACAAUACUAAGGUAAGGUGUAGAUUUUGUAAGUGUGAUAUUCGAACAAAAAAGUAUGAUUUAAAUCAGCAUUUAAAAACUAAAAAGCAUUUGGAAACUUCCAAAAACUUUUCCGCUUCGAGGGCAUUAACAACAUUCAUUAAACCAAUUACCACCAAGACGGCUCAGGCAGAAGGUGCAAUAUGCUUAUUUAUAGCAGCACAUAGCUCAGUAUUAUCAUGUGAUCAUUUAGGAGAAUUGUGUAAAAAUUGUUUUAAAUCAUCUGAGGCAGCUGAUUUGAUGAAAUUACACAGAACUAAAUGCACUGGUAUAAUUUGCAAUGUAUUAGCUCCCCAUUUUCAAAACGAAUUAAAAAAUAAAAUCAACAAUGGACCAUUUAGUAUUUUAAUUGACGAGUCAACUGAUAUAAGUGUGCUUAAGUUCUUGGGAAUAACAAUUAUGUAUUUUGAUACAGAUAUGAGACAGGUGACUUCAACGUAUUUAUCAUUAGUAGAAAUGGAGUCUUGCGAUGCAGAAGCCUUGGUUAAUGCUGUAAAAACGACACUACAUAGUAAAGGUUUGGAUAUUAAAAAAUUGUGUGGGAUUGGUACGGACAAUGCUUCAGUUAUGGUAGGCAUUAAUAAUGGUGUUUAUGCAAAAUUGAAAGAAGAUAUACCAUCAUUAAUACAUAUCCCAUGCAUAUGUCAUUCACUGCAAUUAGCAGUAUCAGCUGCAGCAGCUGAAACCUUACCUAGAAAUAUAGAUUAUUUAAUUAGAGAGACCUACAAUUGGUUUUCGCAUUCUACUUUAAGACAAGCUCAGUACAAAAAUUUGUUCAAAGCAAUUAAUGAUGGCCAUGAUCCAUUAAAGAUAGUUAAAGCAUGUGCUACUAGAUGGUUAUCAAUAGAAACAGCAGUAAGUCGUAUUCUAAAGCAAUGGGUUGAACUUAAAACUUUAUUUGGAAUUGCCAAGCAAAAUGAAAAAUGUUAUAUGGCUGAUACUCUUCAUGCAAUGUACUGUGAUCCUAACAACUUUGCAUAUUUAAAAUUUUUAUAUCCUAUUCUGGAAGAAAUUCAGAAAGUCAAUAAAUCUUUCGAGUCAAAUACAGCCGAUCCAAGCAAAUUACUCACAGAUUUAACCAAUAUGGUGCGGUCAAUAGCAAAACGAUUUAUUAACCCACAAUGUCGUCUCAAUCCAUUGACAGCAAAUGUGGAUAGUUAUACUAUGAACAAUGUUUAUUUUGGUUAUGAGUUUGAACAAAUAUUACUAUCAAGUAAAUCCUCUGAAGAUAGUAAACAACAAUUAAAACAAAGGUGCCUGAAGUUUUUACAAGUUUUAUUAAAGCAGUUGCAACAACGGGUGCCAAAAAACAUUGAUGUAUUAGAAAAAGUACAUUUAAUUUCAAUUAAAAAUGCAUUGCAGUGUAUAAAAGAACCGCUAACUCCUUUAGCAGAAUUAUUCAUAUUAGAAGGAAGUACUAUUGAUAAAAUAAAUGUACAGUGGGCCAACAUUGUGAGUGUAAAAUGGGUGGAGAAGUCUAAUACUGUUAGUUUUUGGGGUGAAGUUUUCAAUUACACUGAUGCAAGUGGUUUGAAUCCAUUUGCUGAACUUUCUUCCCUUGCUUUAAGACUUCUUGUACUCCCUUGGUCCAAUGCUGAGGUCGAGCGUUUAUUUAGCCAGAUGAAUAUUGUAAAAACUAAACUAAGAAAUAGAAUGGGCCCUAAACUAUUAGAUAGCAUCUUAACAGUAAGAGCAGGACUAAAAAGAAGUAAGGUAUGUUGUUCUGAAUACCAGUUGCCUUCAGAAGUGUUAAAGCAAAUAGGAACGUCGUUUUAUUACGAUAAAAAUGUGAAAGAUACUAGUUCAACGUCGAAUGAAGGAACCAUAGAAACUAUAAUAUCCAACAACGAAGAUAAUAGUAUCGAUGAUGUUGGUUUACUAUUAAACACAGAAUUUAAUUUUUAA